AAAAAAAUGCCAUUACUGUAUGAACAAGUGUGGGAAAAAAAAAAAAAAAAUUCCGUUAUUCUAUGAACGAGCCAAAACAAAAAAAAAAAAAAAAAAUAAAAAUAAAAAACAGCUAUUUGAGGUUUUAAAAGAAAACAGCCAUUUCGAGGUCUGGAAAAUAAAAGUUAUUCAAAGUAGGCUCAUAAAAUACGCACACUGUCAACGGAGAAGCAGAACUGCUCCCCGAGGCAACAGAUUGGCGACGCUGCGCCCAUUGCGAACGAACUGAAAAGAUCGCUCUUGUACCCCCCAGAGCGGACAGAAGGCAACCAAAUGGAAGCUCAGGGGGAGCAGGACGGGGGGAGAGGAAAAAAAAUAUCCAUGAAGUCUAUUCAGUUUAUAUGGAAAAAGGCGCAGGAGUUGGAAAAGGACCAUUUGCUAGUUUCCUUCCUGUGCACCCUAUACAUCGUGGAGGAGCUCAACGACUACGUAAAGAGCAAUAGCACCGAUAUAGAGGCAAAAAAUGUUUUCCUGCAAUGUCUAGACAAGGCUGAACAUAUCCGCUCAUCUUUGGACGCAGUGGACUACACGAAGUUAGCCGAUUUUUGCAAAAAGCUAUUCCUAGCGGCUGACCGGCACGACAGACAAGCAGAAAUAACAAAAAAAACACUACAGAUGUUUUUCACCUCUCAAAUUUUUUACGAAAUUUUAAAUCAUUUCCAAAAAUUAAACGAGGAUGAGAAGAAAAAAUAUUUGUAUGCCAAGUACAAAACGGUUUAUUUGAAGAAAUGCUUUGACAACGGCAUAAAGCCCGAGCCCGGUUCUCCGCGGAACGAAGGGGACCAGACACCUUCGCCAGGAGUGCCCGUUGAUGAAGGCGCCCCCGACUGGGGAGAGAUGCACCAAGGAGAGCAAAACGAGCAAACUACCCAGAAGGACUACACGGAGAACUGCGACCGUUUAAGGGACAUGCAGAAGUUUGAAUUUGAGGCCUACAAAGCGCAACAGAACGGAGUUGAUUUUGCCGCAAGCUUGAAGCAUGCACAGUAUGCCGUUAAUGCCCUUCUUUUUGAAGACCUUGACACGGCCAAGCGGGAAUUGCGUAUAGCCCUUUCACACCUGGAGCAGUGA